CUGCUUGUAACAGCAUCACGUAACAGACAGUCACUACGACAGACAGACAGAUAUAACGACGGCUGUGAGGGUACAGAGAGACGGGCGAGGUGCGCCGCGCGCAGACACGGACUGACCUGGGCUGCGCACGCGCACACACACAGACGGCCGGCUAGAGGGGACACUACUUACAAUUGUUACAGUCAAGAUGACGAAGGACCCUACCGAGGGAAAUAUAUAGGAAAAAUAAACUCAUAUCACCACCAGGUGUCAGGCGAUGUGUAUGCUGUAGAUGACUGGACCAUUCUGUUGGUGGACUUCAACUAUGAUGGUACCGGGGAUGAUACAUUCUUCUGGGCGGGAGACUCGGGCCGGCCGGGACCUCUAGGGUUCAUUGUGGCCGACCAACAUGGCAAGACCAACAUCCUCGAACGCUACAACAACGAGGAGGUCCGCCUCAAGCUGCCGGACGGGAAGCGCGUGUCUCGCGUCACGUGGCUGGCGGUGUACGACCUCGCCUCACAGAACGCCUUCGGGGACGUGUACAUCCCCGAGGACUUCGAGGCGCCCGCCCCGCGCGCCCUCACGCCGCUGGUGGCCGCGCCCGGCUACCAGCUCACCAGCCAGCCGGUCAAGUUCCUCGACGCCUCAACCUUCAUUAUUCCAGAGUUCCACUACGACGGCAGCGGGGAGGAGGUGUUCUUCUGGACCGGAGUGGGUCCGCAACCUUCCUCCAGGGGCUUCAAGAUACCCGAUGAAGACGGAUACCUGGAGCCUCUCCGUCCGUACUCGGGCGAGGACGUCCGCCUGCAGCUGCCGGGAGGACGGACUGUGUUCGAGAUCGACUGGCUGGCCGUGUAUGACGUUAAGAAGAAGGUGGCGCUCGCGUCAGUACUGGUGCCCGACGGACUGAACGUACCGCCCGCGCCGCGACGGACACACCCGCACACUACGACUCUACCUCACUGCAAGCAGCUGCACAGAGACUACCAGGUGUCGUGGGAAGUGUUCGGGAACCAGAUCACCAUACAACUGGCGGCCAUGAUCGACGAGGACGAGUACAUGGCGUUCGGCAUCUCGGGCUCCAGCACGAGGUCGCAGAUGAUGGGCGCCGACGUGGCGGUGGCCGCCUUCGACCCCGCGCUGCAGAGAGGACUCGCCACCGACUACAACAUCACGGAGCUGGUGCCGUGCGUGCAGGUGCUGGGCCAGUGGCGCGGCGUGUGUCGCGACGAGCGGCUGGGCGGGCUCGACUCCAACCAGGUGUUCAGCGCGUCCAGGGACAGCGGCCUCACCGUGGUCAGCUACAGGCGCGGCCUGCAGCCCGCCGAGGAGCUCGACCGCGCGUGGUCGACGGACCGCUCCGUGUUCGUGGUGUGGUCGCUGGGGUCGCUGGACGCGGCCCGCGAGCCCGCCUUCCACCGCGCCUGGCCCCGCGCGGACAUACAGCUCGUGCUAGCCGCCUCCCCGCCCGAGAACGACUGCUUCGAUUUCGUAAUUCGUUCAAUCCUUCUCGUCCUCAGAGGUGAUCGUCCGCGGCCGGCGGGCUGGGAGCGCGCCCAGCUGUUCGACCCGUCGCUGCGUGUGUUCCGCGCCACGCUGGGCCCGGCGGGCGGCGCGCGCGGCCUGCGCUCCCGGCCCCCCCUCCUCCCCGGCGACCCGCCCGCCUCCCCGCACCGCGCGCUCUACGUCAACGGCCAGCUGGCGCCGGACCUGCAGCUGCGGCGCGGGCUGGUGUACACGUUCCGCGUGCGCGCCGGGGACGACCCGCACUCGGCCGGCCUGUACCACCCGCUGGUGAUCACGGACGAGCCUCACGGCGGCCUGGAGCGGCUGGCGGACGGCGCGCAGCGGGCCGUGCGCGUGCUGGCCGGCGCGCGCCACACCCGCCGCCGCGGCCGCCUCACCCCGUCCGCGGCGGGCGGCCUGUGCGCGGCCGAGCGUCCGCCGCUCGCCGACCCGCGCCGCGACGCCUCCUACGACACCUUCCGUUCCUUCAACCGCUCCCUGGUGUGGUCGUGUUCGGGUCGCGCGGCCGAGCUGCAGGUGGCUCCCAACUCCUCGUGGCCCGACCGUGUCUACUACCACUCGUUCGCACACGCGGACAUGGGAGGUCGCAUCUUCAUCGUGGACCGUCACCGUCGUAACCUGGGCCGCUCCCCCUCCCCCCGGCCGACCCCCUCUCUCCGUGUAUCGUCCGUCCUGCUCUCUCUCGUGUAUCUCCGCCUCACUCUCUGA